CGCCGGUUGUAAAAUUGAAUUUACAAUAAACCCCAAACGUACAUCACCCAAAUCUCUUCUUGUCUACGUAAUUAACUAAUUUAUUAGAGGACACCACCGUCAUUUGAAUCUCACACGCCAAAACCGACCCAAACAAGCCACUUCACCGGGCCGAGCCUCCUCCUUUUUCUGAUUUUCAAACAUAUUUCCAGAUCUGCAAAUUAAAAAAAAAAAAAGAAAACCCCUAAGUUUCUUCGAUCCCGUUGUUUUGAUUGGAAUCUAGAGGAUAAAUAUGGGCGAUUUUAACCUCGCUCUGGUGAUCGUAGCUAUUGUGGUGUGCAUUCUUGUUUUCAUCUUCAAUGUGUACCUUCUGGUCAAUUACCAGCACCCCGACGAUGCCAACCAGGCGUAUUUUCCCAAAUUUGUCGUCGUUUUGGGACUCAGUAUUGCCGUUAUUUCCAUUCUGAUGUUACCGGCUGAUGUAGCCAACCGGCAGGCGUGCAAGCAAGCAAUUUACAAUGGUGCGUGUAAUCUGACCCUGCCGAUGAAGAGUCUGUGGCUCGCUAUUUAUAUUGUGGAUGCCGUGCUCGUGUUCUUUGUUAUCCCCUUCGCCAUGUUUUACUACGAAGGCGACCAGGAUAAGAGUGUUGGGAAAAGGAUUAAGAGCGCGUUGUUAUGGGUGAUAACGACGGCUAUUGUUUGUGCUCUUUUGCUUGGGAUUUUGUAUGGCCUGGUUGGGAAGGUGGACUUCACUGUUAGACACCUGUCUUCGACCACAACAAAUUUUCCAAGUACUUGGGAUUUCUCUAGUGGUCAACAAUGUAUUGGAAGUGGUGCAUCUCAGUGUGCAGCAUAUACUGCACCGCCUUCAUCAGAAAAAACGUGGACGAUGCGAACUACCUUUCCAGAAUAUGUUGUUGCUCUUGCUACAAUUGUUGGGUCUGUCCUCUUUGCGAUCUUUGGUGGUGUUGGCAUUGCUUGUUUGCCACUAGGACUUAUCUUUUCAUUCAUCCGACGUCCUAAGGCUGUUAUCACCCGCUCUCAGUAUAUCAAGGAAGCAACUGAGCUGGGUAAGAAAGCUAGGGAACUGAAGAAAGCUGCUAGUGAGCUUCAUCAGGAAGAAAGAAGUGGUUCUAAGGGUAGAAAAUGGAGGAAAAAUGUUAAGGCUGUAGAGAAGGAGUUGCUUCAGCUUGAAGAAGAUGUGAAGCUAUUAGAAGAGAUGUAUCCACAAGGAGAAAAGGCCGAGACUUCCUGGGCCUUGACUGUUCUUGGUUACUUGGCAAAACUUGUGCUGGGAAUCAUAGGGUUGAUUGUUUCAGUGGCUUGGAUUGCUCAUAUUGUCAUAUAUCUAUUGAUAAACCCACCUCUGAAUCCUUUCCUAAAUGAGGUUUUCAUCAAACUGGAUGACAUAUGGGGACUUCUUGGUACUGCAGCUUUUGCAUUUUUCUGUUUCUACCUUCUACUUGCUGUGAUCGCGGGAGCAAUGAUGCUGGGUCUGAGAUUAGUUUUCAUUACGAUUCAUCCCAUGAAGUGGGGAGCCACACUAAUGAACUCUUUUCUUUUCAAUGUGGGUCUCAUUCUCCUCUGCUCUAUAAGUGUUAUUCAAUUCUGUUCGACUGCAUUUGGAUACUAUGCUCAAGCAACCGCUGCUCAGGAAAUAUUUGGCCACACGUUGCAGUCUCUUCGAGGAAUUAGAUAUUUAUACAAAUAUAACGUGUUCCAAAUUGGUUUUAUUGUGCUAGCUGGUUUGACCUUCAUCUAUUAUGCUGCCUUUGGAUGGAAAAGAAGAAAACCCAGCGGCAGGUUCCAAUUAUCCAGUUAAGGUAUGUUUUGUGCAGAAGAGCAUGCACCCAUGGGGAGAUAAGUCUAAUGAUCUCAUUGCACUGUCCAGCUAGUUUUGUUUUGUGUUCAAUGAUUUAGUGGGGUAGGCAUGUGUCAUCUGAACAAUUUGGCUUGCUGCAGUCGAGGCCAAUGUUGUUUCCGCUGGUCUCUCUCCUUUUUGUAUGUAUUAUUCUUUGUUUGGUUUGUCAUACAUUUUUGGUUUGUUCAUAUAUUUUAUAUACCCUCAGCAGAUUCAGAAGCCAGAGCCUGUAGAAUUCAAUGUAAUAUAAUGAGUAUAAAUUUAUGAUAAACCUAUUUUCUCUGCAAUACGAUCCUCGUGCUGGAAAGUUGUAUUA